CCUCACAAAGCUUCAUUCGUCGCACGAAGAUAAAUGAAUUGAAGCGCUAACUAAAGGCGUUCAAGUCAGGGAUAAUUCAGAAUUGAUUUUCCGCCAAACUGACAACUCCCUUCGACGGCGUGUUAGACAACCUUGGAACAACAAUAGGUAAAAUUCGAUAGUAUGUGGACCGUCUUCGAUCGCAGAUGAACAGCUCCGAUAUUUUAGCCCUGGCAGACGUCAUCUUCACGUUGCUAUGGAUAAAUGUGGGAUCUCCGCGUUCUCCUUGCUUACACGCGACAAACUAUCGUCAUAGUCUGCAAAUGGUUUCGCACCACCGAAACCUGCGAAGCCCCUCGAGGGAAUCAAGGAAACCCGGCCGGAGACAUAUGCAUGCUACAGUACUAUACAUAGUAUAGUAGGCCAUGCUGGGCCAGGUAAGGGAACACUACGAGAACAGCCCUUUCAGCCCUUUUUCGCUGCAGGACAUUUUUAGGAGUUUCAAAGAUCUCGAUAGCUGU